UCUUUGCUCGCGCUCGUCACGUCGUGCCAUUGGUGUUAUUGCGUUUGCUCACGCGUUUCGCUCGCCUCGGUCGCUUCGAGGACUCGAGGAAGGCAAGCCAAAUUUUGUGUGUGUUCAAAAACUGCCGGGAGCGUCUCGGAAGAGUGAGAAAACCCCACCUCCGUCGUGACCUCCGAGUAUUAGCGGGAGCAAAACGGCUCUGCUUUUUUCUACCGUUUUCGGUGUUUUUGUUUGACGAUGACGACAGUUUACGAACGUCAAAUGCAAAACAAUGGAAAAUGUUAUCGUCUUGAGCCAACUAGCUCAUCUGUUGAAGUGUGAUUACGUGAUUAAGAAGCUGCGUUCCGAGUGAAAACGCCCCAAAUCGGAGAUAUACAAAGGAUAGAUUUCGUUCUUGUUUCAGUCAUUUAGAAGAGAUAAGAUGUAAACAGCUACAAAAGACAGUGCAAGAAAACGUCACAAUCUCGAUCGGCAACACUAAAAAAUAAAGGUACGAAAUCGUCCCAAACGUGAAAAAACACUUCUUCGAAAAAGCCCGACGACGUCUCAUGUAAAAGGCGGUUGGCGCAAAGCGAGAAACAAUAGAACGGAACGAAGCCAUCGAGAGCAACGGCAACGGCCACGGUAGUGCUUUGUUUCCCGGUUCCGGGAAAAUCCGGUAAUGAUGGAAAUUGUUGGGUUGCUGUUUCCCCCCCGGGAGUGGAUUUGUGAAUGCAACGAAAAAUACUGUCCAGGUGAACUUGUGAAGUGGUAAAACAGGCAAAAAUGGACCAUUUAGAUUGGCUGGUGUCAUUUGCAGCAGUAGCAGCAGCAGAACCCGACACAGCAAGGUGCAACGAUGGCAGAACACAAUGGGCCCGGAACGGCGACCGGUGUCUGUAGGAGCAGUGAACGUCGAGCAACGAUGGUGUCACUACGGUUGUUUUUGUUGGCAUUGGGGAUUAAUUCCCUGGUGACCCAGUGGGAUGCUGAUGAUCGCAAUUGUGCUAAAGUGUGAGCGGAAACGUGAGUGUGAGAAGAAAGGUGUGUAUCCACGAAAGUGAGGAGAAAAUAACAUACGAAUCGGAGAAAAAAUCAACAAUAUAAUCCACCCGAAGCACAAUGAACAGUGCACCGCGGAAUGCCGGAGCCGCCCGUUCCGUGGACAGACGUGGAUUUAUAGCCGCAUGUGGAUUACUGGUCCUAUUGGUGGUCAGGAUGCUUGGUGCCGCCGAUGCAACGAGGAUUUUUGAUAUCGAAAAUAUACCAGUGGUAAAAUACGUGGCCGUUGCUGGUAGGAACGUUACCCUCAACUGUCCGGGAGUAACCGAGCACUCGCUGGUGGACACGUUGGUUUGGCGCACUUCACAAACCAUAGCCGAGUACGUGGACGGGGGACUGCCGCUGGUCAGCAGUCUUCGAAUUACGUUGUUACCUGAUAAUUUUAGUCUUCAUUUUAAUCCGGCUUUUGCCUCCGAUACCGACGAAUAUAGCUGCCUUGUAAACGAUCGACACAGUCCGGAUGCGCUAGUGGAUUUGCUGGUACAAGACGUUCCAGACCCUCCGGGGCGACCGCUCGUGCUUAGCUUCACGUCCAGGACGGUAAACUUGUCGUGGGCGUAUACACAAGACCCCCGCAAUGCACCGAUCAAUAAUUUUGUCAUCGAAACCAGGGUUGGCGAGAAUGGCGAAUGGGACCAGGUGGAUCCACUUUACACCAAUAGCAACGAAGCCUUCUACCAAGUCACCGGGCUAGUUCCCUUCACCGUGUACAGUUUCCGAGUGAUAGCCGUAAAUGAGCUUGGCCACAGUCCACCGUCCAAAGAGUCUUACUAUUUUGUAACACUGCGUGAAGCACCCACCGGCAAACCGGUGACGACGAUAGCCCACAACACAUCCGCCACUUCGGUGUACAUCUCAUGGAAACCACCACCAGCGGAGACGAUUCUGGGAGAAUUUCUCGGCUACCGGAUAACGUAUCGUGCGCGCGACAAAGGCACCGAUGAUGAUGUCAAGGAAAUCUACAUCCGAGACAGCACGGUUGAGAGCCACGAGAUUCAUCAUCUUGAAACUUAUACCCAGUAUCUGGCUUCGAUACAGGUGUUCAACCCGGAAGGAUUGGGACCACCGACCACGGUCCUGGUGAUGACCGAUGAGGGAGUUCCCAGUAAACCGUUGAACUUGAGCGUUCUUGAGGUGACUUCAACGACCAUUAAAAUUACCUGGCGAGAGCCGGAAAAACUGAAUGGAGCCAUACAUGGCUACCGUGUGUACUAUGUACACCAGAACCAAACCCUGCUGCACCUACCGAUCUUGAAGGCCGAUGCUGCUGUUAAUUCCGUCUACACAUAUACGCUAUCAAAUCUCAAGCCCUACACCGAUUAUAAAAUUAUCGUAGCUGCAUUCACCAAGAAGUUCGAUGGUGAACCAUCGGAAGUGUCCCAGCGAACGGACAUCAGCGGUCCCAGUGCGCCGAAAGUGGUCAACUUAACCUGCCAUUCCCAACAUGAGCUUCUAUUCGGGUGGCACAUUCCGCAAACCUACUACAACACAAUAGACUACUACAUCAUAAGUUACCGUAACUUAGAGCACAGUGAAUACAAAGACAUUCGGUUGACUGCAAAUUCCUCGAUCGUAGAAACAUCGAUGAUCAUUCCAAAUCUAACAACUAAUAUGGUAUACGAAGUAAAAGUGAGAGCUGCUUCAGCAAGUGUCAUUAACCCAAAGCAAAUCAUUCUUGGAUCCUACUCGGAACCCAAAAAGAUCUCUCUUCAACUACACUGCGAAAAAAUUCCGCAGCCAUCGCAGCGACAAGUGUACGAUGAUUACAAUCUGGCCGUCUUAGGUGGCAUCGUUUUCAGCUGUUUUGGAUUGCUGCUAAUUGUACUAUCGUUCCUGCUGUGGAAAAAAUGCUUCCACGCUGCGUACUACUACUUGGAUGAUCCACCGGCUUGCCAGGGUGCCAAUACGGCCGGGCUGAUCGACUGGGAAGCCCCCUGCGAGGUAGCCGGUGAGGUUCGUGGCCCGAUCCCCGUUACGGAAUUUGCCAAACAUGUCGCUUCUUUGCACGUGGAUGGCGACAUCGGGUUCAGCAAAGAGUACGAAGCCAUUCAGGGCGAAGCGCUGAAUGAUGAAUACCCUUCGGAGCACUCGCAGCAUCCGGAUAAUAAGGGAAAGAAUCGUUACUUGAAUGUGAUUGCUUAUGAUCACAGUAGAGUGCACCUGCGGCAAGUUCCUGGGCAAAAGAAACAUCUAGAUUAUAUCAAUGCCAAUUACAUCGAUGGAUACCAGCGUCCUCGUUCAUUCAUUGGAACCCAGGGUCCCCUUCCCGGUACCUUCGAUUGUUUUUGGCGCAUGAUUUGGGAGCAACGAGUGGCCAUUAUCGUUAUGAUUACGAAUCUAGUCGAACGUGGGCGCCGAAAAUGCGACAUGUACUGGCCCAAAGAUGGAGCGGAAAUGUACGGCGUGAUUCAGGUUCGCCUUAUCCGGGAGGAUGUCAUGGCCACUUACACGGUGCGAACGUUACAGAUUAAGCACACAAAACUAAAAAAGAAAAAAGCUUCCCAAUCGGAAAAACUUGUCUACCAAUAUCACUACACUAACUGGCCAGAUCAUGGAACGCCGGAUCACCCACUGCCUGUCAUCAAUUUUGUGAAGAAGUCCACAGCAGCUAAUCCGUCGGAUGCUGGCCCUAUUGUAGUGCACUGUAGUGCUGGAGUAGGCCGUACCGGAACGUACAUAGUGUUGGAUGCCAUGCUGAAGCAGAUCGAAUCCAAGGGAAUGCUAAAUGUGUUUGGCUUUUUAAGGUACAUUAGAGCGCAGAGAAACUAUUUGGUACAAACAGAGGAGCAGUAUAUCUUCAUACAUGAUGCCCUCGUUGAAGCUAUAGAUAGCGGAGAGACUAAUAUCAAAAUGGAUGCCAUUGGUGGACUUGUGAACAACAUUGACUUUAUCGAUAAUCAAUAUAAGCUCAUCACCAGUUACCAGCCAAAGGAAAUAAAUCUGACGUCGGCCCUGAAAUCAGUUAACGCCAUCAAGAACCGAAGUUCACUCGUUCCCUUGGAGGGCAGCCGGGUGCAUUUGACUCCAAAGCCAGGCGUAGAGGGUAGUGAUUACAUCAAUGCAUCGUGGUUACACGGUUUCCGGCGGUUACGGGACUUUGUCGUAACGCAACACCCGCUGAUUGAAACAUUCAAAGACUUCUGGCAAAUGGUUUGGGACCACAACGCCCAAACUGUAGUUCUGCUGUCAUCCGCUGAUAAUAUGUCGUUUCUUCAAUUCUGGCCAAACGAAUCGGAACCUAUGGAGAGCGAUUACUACCGUAUUCGUAUGGUUUCCGAAACGUCGGAAAAUAACUACAUUGUGCGGAACUUUGUCAUCCAGUCCAUCCAGGACGAUUACGAGCUAAGUGUUCGUAUGUUUGAAAACCCUAUGUGGCCGGAUAUGGCCAACCCUCGGUCUAUCUACGACUUUGCUGUGAGAGUGCACGAAAGGUGUGCACAGUAUCGGAACGGUCCGAUCGUUGUUGUUGAUCGGUACGGUGGCUUCCAGGCGUGCCAGUUCUGCUGCAUCAGUUCUCUCGCGAUGCAGCUGGAGUAUGACCAGACAGCAAACGUGUACACCUACGCCAAACUUUAUCACAACAAACGCCCAGGAAUUUGGAGCUCAUACGAAGAUAUCCGGCAAAUCUAUCGGAUACUGUCGUACAUGCCGAAAGAUCUGGGUCUGCUCAAAUGUACUGAACUGCGAACGGAGUUCGACGAUGCGGCCAUUAUGACGGCCACGCCUGAUUUGUAUAGUAAGAUUUGUAGUAACGGUAGCAUAAAUACACAUCUGAACAGUGGCGAUGGUGGGGGAAAUGGUAACGAUGGUGUUCCUACGGGAAACGGAACUAACGGUGGAUUACCAAUGAGCGGCGGCGGAACAACUACCGCAGCUACUAUUCAAAAUGGAGGUACGGUAAUUGUGAAGAUGAACGGCGAGGACAACGACGAACUGUCGGUGGUAGUAGCAACCAGUAAUCAUCUGAAUUUGGAUCACAAUCAAUCGUAGGCUGUCUAGUGAUCUAUCAAUAUGAAAACUUUCCAAUUCCUCUGAGUUAACCAGCAUGGACAUAUAGUCACGGAUCUUAUUAUAGGUUACUAUACUGUUUGGCAGUCUAGCAUUUUAACACAGGUCUAUGAUAAGAUUUAUAAAACUCCUUGUAGGUAUAAUUGAAUGGAUGUUUAUUGGUUAAAAGCACAUUUCGGUUAUUAAGGCCAACAUCAAAAUCGUUUUCGCCAUUUUUAUAUUUUUGUCUGAUUUUAUGGUCAAAAACAACCUUCAUCAUAAGUUUUACAAUUUUUUUCAUUUGGCGUCAAAUACUCCAAAUAUCUAGUCGAAAAAUGCAUGUCAUACAAUAAUUUCGGUUUGUAAGGUCUUUUCACAUUUUCAAAUCAAAAACACCCAUUGCUCGAAUUCAAAAAAAUAAAACAAAAUAUUCGCCUUCAUAUUUUUACAAAAUUCCUCCAACUACAACAAAAGGUACAAUUUCUGUUUUGUAAAUAGAGAACAAAAAUCGCUUGUGAUUCCAGUGAUUGGUUCAGUGAAAGGGUUAGAUCUCACUUUUAUAAGCAUUUUCGCCAUUCUGGAAAUUGCUGAGCUAUGUAAAAUAAAGUAUUUUCCAACCAAUUCCGUGACCGACAUAAAUUAAGUUACGCCAACCCGUUGAAGAAACAAAACCAAGUUAGUUCACUAAUAUUAUAAAUUAAAGCUGAUGUACAGCGAUUCUGCUACAUGCAGCACUACUCAGUUAUAAUGAAUCGUGCAAGAGAAUUGGAUUGCAUGCCGAAAAUUUGGAUGAACCGUGAUCAACAAGUCCAGUUUCUUCUGGCUUUAGAUCGUCAAAAAGACUGGUUUUCUAAUUUAUUAUUGUAACUGUAAUGAUACUAAUGAUGGCAGAACAAAUAUCUGACAUGUUGAAAAACAUCUUUUUAAAUCAUGCAAUGAAAAUGUUAUAAAAAUAAUUCCUUACUGAAAUUAAACACAUCCAUGCGAGAAGAAAACACGAAUAGCCAUCAAACAAUAGAUGAUUCUCGUAUAGCUUUGGAAAAGGGCUUCUCAAUGAAACAUCAUUUAGUAUCACCAGAGUAUGACAUAUUAUUGAAAAAUAAGUUUGAAUGAUAUACGUUUAUUUCAAAUGCUGAUAGACCCUGUUCUAAAGCUAUGUGAGAAUCCAUAACUGGAUUAUCCAUGAACACACACUCUACCAACAUUAGUGCCAAACGUUCAUCUUUAUCCAGAUCAUGUUAAGAAAACUAUUCCCAGCUGCAAGAUCAAUAGAAAAACUGAUCAUUUUAGCAACCAACAGUAACAGUAAUUAUUAGGUGAACAUUGUACAAAGAGUGAAUCGAAAAAUAACUCACUGUAGACCGCUGUCUAUCAAUACGGUUUGUGCACUCGAUUCUAUAAACAAAAAAAAAAUAGAUAGACGGCAAAAAUUAAAUGAUUCUCAAACAAUUUUCACUACCAGCAUAAGUUAUUUGGGAAUUUCAUUUUUCACAAGGCUAUACAACAAAAAGAUCACGAUCCCUCUUAUUGAAAACAAACUGUAAUUGGGAAUUUUCUAUUAUUGUUUCAAUUUUGAGCUCAAUCCAAAUACUGCUAUAAAAAAUCCAAGAAACAAAAUAGACAAUGCCAUACUCGUUCAUUCUUAAAGAACGCCAUAGUGAAAGGUAGACUCAUUGAUCAAAAUUUAUACAAAGCGCACAUAGCUUGGACGGACAUAACUCAUCACAUGGCUUGACUGGGAGGUCUGUUGAUAUUUAUCUAAGAUGUAAUUCUUAGAACGCAACACGAAAGUGACAAAAGUGGUGUUGACUCAAAUGCAAACAAAUAUACCAAUAGAAUCAAACGUAAAGGUUUGCACAGAAGCACGUACUAGUUUAAUUCGUCGUAGUCUUCGAAUAAAAAUUUCUCACGAUAAUGGCGAUAAAAAUGCGUGAAUAAAAUCUAGUUUAAAUAUAUCCACUAUUAGUCGAAAUUAAAAAUAUUUGAAAACGGAUCUAAAAUAAAAAAAAAAGAUUUUAUAAAUCUUAUGAGAUAUUCUCAUUUUUUCUAUAUUGACUACAAUAUUUUUUAUUGAUUAAGCAGCUAUGAGUUCAGGAUCAUUUCGUUUCCAUGAUUGAAAAAAAGAAGAAAAAAUGAACAUGAUGGCUUAAAACUAAUCGCAGCCCUGAGGGGGUUGCCCUGAACGCGGUUUGUUGACUGAAGCAAGCAUAAAAGGACGUCUUAAGGGAAGUGUGGUGUGUAUUACGAUGCAGAAAUUAUGAAAGAGUAAACAGUAACCUAUAAAAAUCUUUACAACUAUCGACUUAUAGAAACAAAGGAACUAAUUUUCAGCAGUCAUACAUGCAAGUAGUGAACGAUAAUGAUUUAUUAGCAUAUAUGUUAAGAAAUAACGAAACAGAUAGAGGUAAUAGUACCAGGCGAACGAAAAACUAGAUGCAGGCAUAACACAUGCUGUUGAAAAUUCAUGAUGAAAUAUAUGGCAAAGUGAUGGCAUCUUACUGAAAAAUAAAUGUAAAAUUUCAUGUGAAUUUGCAAAACUGAAA